AUGGCGUUCACAAAGUCAGUCAAGAGUAGUGCCUACUACAGUCGCUUCCAGACCAAGUAUAAGCGCCGUCGUGAGGGAAAGACCGACUACUAUGCCCGCAAGCGCCUGAUCACCCAAGCCAAGAACAAGUACAACGCCCCCAAGUACCGUCUGGUUGUCCGCUUCACCAACCGCGACAUCAUCACUCAGAUCGUCACCUCUGAAAUCUCCGGUGACAAGGUCUUCGCUGCUGCCUACUCCCACGAACUCAAGGCCUACGGUAUCGAGCACGGUCUUACCAACUGGGCUGCCUCCUACGCCACUGGCCUGCUCCUUGCCCGCCGUGUCCUCAAGAAGCUUGGCCUCGACGAGACCUUCGCUGGUGUUGAGGAGCCUGAUGGAGAGUACACCCUAACCGAGGCCGCUGAGCACGAUGGUGAAGAGCGCCGACCCUUCAAGGCCUUCCUUGAUGUUGGUCUUGCCCGCACCUCCACUGGUGCCCGUGUCUUCGGUGUCAUGAAGGGUGCUUCCGACGGUGGUAUCCUAGUUCCCCACUCCGAGAACCGAUUCCCCGGUUUCGAUAUCGAGUCCAAGGAGCUUGACGCCGAGACCCUGAAGAAGUACAUCUACGGCGGUCACGUUGCUGAGUACAUGGAGACCCUAGCUGAUGACGACGAGGAGCGAUACAAGAGCCAGUUCCAAAAGUACCUCGACGAUGACAUUGAGGCUGAUGGUCUUGAGGACCUAUACACCGAGGCUCACUCCGCUAUCCGAGAGGACCCCUUCAAGAAGGCUGAAAGCGAUGCCCCCAAGAAGAGCAAGGAUGAGUGGAAGGCAGAGUCCAAGAAGUACAGGACUCCCAAGUCUACCAAGGAUGAGAAGCGCGAGAAGGUCAAGGCUAGGAUUGCCGAGCUCCGCGAGGAAUAA